AUGUCUGAGGAAAAAGGUGAUGUUUUGGUAUCAAACCAAGAAGAGGUGAAAUCUAAAAAAGCUUUAAAAAAAAUGGCGAAAGAAGCUGAAAAAGCAAGUAAAAAGGAAGCCCGACAAUCUUCCAAAAAUGAUGAGCCUCAAGGUGUUGAAGAUGAUUAUUCUCAAGGAAAAUAUGGGAAUAUGGAAAUGAUUCGAAGUGCCAAUAAAAUUACUGCUCCUUUUUCUGAAGUUAAAAAUUUGAAUGAAAAAUUAAGUGGUGUCUUAGUUAAAGUAAGAGGAAGGUUACAAACAAGUCGAGCAAAAGGAAAACAAUGUUUUAUAGUUCUUAGGCAACAACAAUAUACCAUUCAAUGUUUUUUAUGUGUUAAUGAUGUUGUCAGUAAACAGAUGGUAAAAUUUGCAUCUGUAAUUUCAAAGGAAUCAAUAAUUGAUGUUGAUGGUGUCAUUCAAACUGUUGCACAAAAAAUAGAAAGUUGUACUCAGAAAGAUGUUGAACUUCAUGUCAAAGAAUUAUUUGUCGUUAGUUCUGCAAAAAGUCAGUUGCCUUUAUUAAUAGAAGAUGCAUCGAGACCAAUAAAAAGUUCAGAAGAUAAUGAUGCAUUGAACAUAAAAGUUAAUCAAGAUACAAAGUUAGACAAUAGAGUUUUAGAUUUAAGAACUCCUGCUAACCAAGCAAUAUUUAAAUUAGAAGCUGGAGUAUGUAAAUUAUUUAGAGAUAUUUUAACAUCAAAGGGUUUUGUCGAAAUUCAUACUCCGAAAAUUAUUUCUGCUGCCAGUGAAGGAGGAGCAAAUGUUUUCACAGUUUCUUAUUUUAAAACCUCAGCUUAUUUAGCUCAAAGCCCACAGUUAUAUAAGCAAAUGGCAAUAGCUGCUGAUUUUGAUAAAGUGUUCACCGUAGGAGCAGUAUUCAGAGCAGAAGACAGUAAUACACACAGGCACUUAACCGAAUUUGUCGGUUUGGAUUUGGAAAUGGCCUUUAAAUUUCAUUAUCACGAAGUGGUGGAUGUAAUCGCUGAUACAUUUACCGACAUUUUUAUUAAUUUACAAAAACUUUACCAUCAGGAAAUCGAGAUAAUUAGGCAGCAGUAUGCAGUAGAGCCAUUUAAAUUCUUGGUUCCCCCAUUAAGACUCGAAUUUAAAGAUGCUAUUACUUUGUUGGGAGAAGCUGGAGUUACUUUGGGUGAAGAAGAUGAUUUAAGUACUCCGGAUGAAAAACUCCUUGGAAGAAUCGUAAAAGCCAAGUACGACACCGACUUUUACAUUUUGGACAAAUAUCCAUUGAGCGUUCGACCAUUUUACACAAUGCCGGAUCCGAACAAUCCGAAAGCGUCUAAUUCAUACGACAUGUUUAUGAGGGGAGAAGAAAUAUUGUCGGGAGCUCAAAGAAUUCACGACGCUGAAUUUUUAUGCGAAAGAGCUUUGCAUCAUGGAAUAGAUUUGCAAAAAAUUAAAGCAUACAUCGAUGCGUUCAAAUAUGGAUGUCCACCUCAUGCAGGUGGCGGAAUCGGUUUGGAACGUGUCGUUAUGCUUUAUCUCGGUCUCGACAACAUCAGGAAAACCUCAAUGUUCCCUCGGGACCCGAAACGAUUAACACCGUAA